UCCAUUGCUGCUCCAAUAGAUUCCAGGGGCAGGGCUGUACGCGGGCGGUGAUUGGUCAGUUUAGUGGGCGGUGUCCUGGCGUAUUGUAAAGGUGACUCUCCGUGUGACAGGCGUGUAUGCAGUCAUGGCCUUCUGUAUCCCGCGUCCUGCCGCCCGCCUGUCCUCCGGCGCCUCCCGGGUGCUGAAAUAUACCCACCGCCCUUAUGCAUCACAGCGCUCCUUACAUGAAGUGGUGAUCGCCAGUGCGGCUAGAACCCCAAUAGGAUCGUUCCAGGGGUCCCUGUCAUCUCUUCCCGCCACAAAGCUCGGCUCCAUUGCCAUCAAAGCCGCAAUUGACAGAGCGGGUAUUCCUGUAGCGGAGGUCAAUGAGGUGUACAUGGGCAAUGUCCUGCAGGCAGGGCAGGGGCAAGCACCCACACGGCAGGCAGCACUUGGCGCAGGCCUGCCCGUCUCUACACCUACCACCACCAUUAAUAAAGUCUGCGCCUCUGGGAUGAAGUCCGUUAUGUUAGCCGCACAGAGCCUGAUGUGUGGACACCAGAAUGUGAUGGUAGCUGGUGGGAUGGAGAGCAUGUCUAACGUACCGUACUGCAUGACCAGAGGAGCCACCCCGUAUGGUGGAGUAAAAUUGGAAGAUCUGAUUGUGAAAGAUGGACUGACUGAUGUCUACAACAAAAUCCAUAUGGGAAGCUGUGGAGAGAACACAGCACAGAAGCUAAACAUUGGUCGGGAAGAACAGGACAAUUUUGCGAUCAGUUCGUACACGAAGAGUAAAGCCUCCUGGGAGUCUGGGCUACUGACAGAUGAAAUUGUACCAGUUACUAUACCACAAAAAGGGAAACCUGAUGUUGUGGUACAAGAAGAUGAGGAGUACAGGCGGGUAGAUUUCAGCAAGUUUCCAAAACUAAAGACUGUUUUCCAGAAAGAAAAUGGCACGAUUACUGCAGCUAAUGCCAGCACCCUGAACGACGGGGCCGCAGCCUUGGUUCUUAUGACGGCAGAAGCAGCAGACAAAUAUAAAGUCAAGCCUCUGGCACGGAUCCUAGCUUUUGCUGACUCUGCUGUAGCUCCAAUUGACUUCCCUAUUGCACCGGCUUAUGCUGUUCCUAAGGUCUUGAGUGCUGCUGGAUUACGGAAAGAAGAUAUAACCAUGUGGGAGAUCAAUGAAGCAUUCAGUGUUGUUGUACUGGCCAACAUAAAAAUGCUGGAUAUUGACCCUGCAAAAGUCAAUGUCAAUGGUGGAGCAGUGUCUCUCGGCCACCCCAUUGGAAUGUCCGGUGCCAGACUUGUCGCUCACAUGGCCCACGCAUUGAAGAAGGGACAGUACGGACUAGCUAGUAUCUGUAAUGGUGGAGGAGGCGCCUCAGCAAUCCUGAUCGAAAAGUUAUAGAACCGCACGCCGCAUUCCAAACAGUAAAUUGGAGCAUCCGCAAUCUGUGCACUUUAUAAUCCUCAGUUUGGUGUCUGUUACAUUUAUUUUCCAGGAAUGGGAAACCUAUCUAUACUCCUAUCAAGCUUAAGGAACACUGAUUGGAACUUAGUUGAACCUGGGCUUGGCCUGUGCUUGUUCUUAGCAUAAUAUAAAAAAAAUAAAAAUAACCUGUUGUACAUGGAAUUUGGCUGGUAUUACAGCUUAAUCGCAUUCAAGUGGAUGGGGCUGAGCUGUGUAAAACUAAAACUUCCCAACCAGGGUGCCUCCAGCUGUUUUAAAACUACAACUCCCAGCAUGCCCGGACAGCCGUUGGCUGUCCGGGCAUGCUGGGAAUUGUAGUUUUACAACCGCUUGAGGUCCACAGUUUGCAGACCAUUGCUUUAGAUUGAACCGCUUUUAUAGAAGUGCUAAUAGUUUAUCAAAAAACAAUCUACAAUACAAUAAGGGAAAAUGAAACUCAAAACAGCAAAAUGUAUAUUUUGUGAGCCAGCCUCCAUUUUUUCUAUAACUGUCACCAUAUUUAUAUUCUUGCAGUUUCUGUAAUAAAAUUUAAAGAAUGAA